UUUGCCGUCAUCUCGCUCUUCACUGGCCUGCUGGCGCUGUGUACACGCAUUGGCAGCUACCUGUCCGGUUUCUUCGCCUGGCUCGCCCUGACCUUCCAGGUCAUCACCACCUGUCUCAUGACCGCUGUUUUCGUCCAAGGCCGCAGCGCAUUCAGCCGCAAUGGCCAGUCCUCCCACCUCGGUGUCAAGGCAUUCGCAUUUAUGUGGACCGCCAGUGCCUGUCUGUUCCUCUCUUGCCUGAUGUACUGUCUGGGUGGUGCAGUCGGCCGAAAGGACGGCGGCUACAGUGGCCGCAAGGAGCGCCGCCGUGGUUUCUUCUCCUCAGCGCGCUCGAACAGCGUGAGGAGCAAGAAGGAAUCCUACGCGUAA